CGUUUCAGUGCAAAAAUUAUAAAAUGACUUCUUGUAAUAUGUACAACAGGACAAAAAUAAUUGAAAAGAAAUCGUUAAUACCAGAUAAAAUAAAAGUUGGACUACAUUUCGCAAAUUUCUACAAUAAAAAAUUAUUUAUUCGGAGAUAUAUUGACCUAUUAGCAGAUGGACUUCAUUCUAAGUUGGAAAUAACAGCUUACAUACACGAGGCAGACAUCGGCAUCUGGGAUAUUAAUAUCAGAAAAUCUUUUGUGUCUUAUUCUUCGUCCGUAAAUAACAUUCUAACCCUAUUUGCAAUACGUGCUGCAAGACCUUUAGAUAAAGCCUUUAUCUUGGUAAAACCUUUCGAUGUAAUGAUCUGGAUUUGUAUUCCUUUUUCUUUCCUUAUCAUUUUGUUAACUUCGUAUGGAAUAAUGAAAAAAGAGACUGAAUAUAGAAACAAGGAAAUGCCAAAAUUUUCCACCUUAUUUUCGAUUAUAUUGAGAAACUUCCUUCGACAAGACACAGAUGUAGAUCGCUAUUUUCUUAUAACGUUUCAUAUCCUGAUUGGCUGUUGGAUCCUGAUUGCAUUUAUCCUGACAUCAGCGUACGUCGGCACAUUGCCAUCGUUCAUGGUUAAUCCUGGAACCGAAACCAUUCCUCAUACAUUUCAGGAAUUGGCUAAUUCGGUGAAGAAAGGACGAUACAAUAUCACUUACUUCCAGAAUAGUCACGAAGAUGUGUACUUUCUUCGACUUUAUUUGGACACGAACUUCAAGAAAAUGAUUAAAAGUGAUGUUAUCGAAACCUUUUAUGAAAAUGUUCAAGAAUGUAAUGAUCCAUAUGAAGAACCAAUUAAGAAAGUACUUAAUGGAACUCACGCCGUGCUAGCAUCAAGACAGAAAAUUGAAUUGAGUAUGACCAAACAACAAAAAGAAGAGGUUUUUAUCUCGGAAGACAUACUUUUUACGAAUUUUCAGUUCAUAAAAAUGAAUUUAGUGAAAGUGAAUUAUGCCGAGGAAAUCUCUGAAAUAGUAAAUCGUAUUGCACAAAGUGGAUUAUCUGAGAAAAUUGACAGACACAUUGUUGAUGAAAAAACAAGAGAAGACUUUUUUUACGAUGAUAAGACAAUCGAUACUAAUAAUGAAGAACCUCUGAAAUUGGAUGAUAUUACGGGUUUACUUUAUUUAUUAAUUACAGGAUAUUUGAUCGCUUCUGUAGUAUUUAUUAUAGAAAUUCUUGUAAACAAGAUAAGAAAGAUUACAAGCAGAAAAGGCAGAGCUUUUUGCCAAAUUCACGGCAAUUAUCAGAGAGGAAGAUGCAGGGUGCAUCCAGAAACAGCAGUAUAUCAAGCAGACAUCGCCAUUUAUAGUCAUAAUAUCAAAGAAACUUACUUGUCUUAUUCUUCUUCGAUAAGUCACAUUCCAACUACAUUUGCAAUACGUGCUGCAACACCUUUAGAUAAAGCCUUCAUCUUGAUUUGGAUUUGCAUUCCUGUUUCUUUCCUUAUCAUUUUGUUAACUUCGUAUGGAAUAAUGAAAAAAGAAAAUAAGUAUAGAAACAAGAAGAUGCCAAAAUUUUCCAUAUUAUUUUGGAUUAUAUUGAGAAACUUUCUUCCACAAGAUACAGAUGUAGAUCGCUAUUUUCUCAUAACGUUUCGUAUCCUGAUUGGCUGUUGGAUCCUGAUUACAUUUGUCCUGACAUCGGCAUACGUUGGCACUUUGCCAUCGUUCAUGCUUAAUCCUGGAACCGAAACCAUUCCUCAUACAUUUCAGGAAUUGGCUCAGUCGGUGAAAAAAGGACGAUACAAUAUCACUUACUUCAUGUACAGUCCUGAACAGUCUUACUUUAAUCGACUUAAUUUCGACAAAGUAAUUCGUAUUCAACAAAAUGGAUUAUCUGAAAAAAUUGGCAGAGACAUUCUUGAUGAGAAAAGAAGAAACGACUUCUACGAUGAUAAGACGAUGAUAAUCAAUUCUAAUGCUGAAGAACCUCUGAAAAUGGACGAUAUCACGGGUCUACUCUAUUUAUCACUUACAGGAUAUAUGAUCGCUUCUGUAGUAUUUGUUACAGAAAUUCUAGUCAACAAGAUAAAAAUGAUUAGAAGCAGAAAAUGCAGAGUGAGACCAUUCAAUAUUGUUAAUUAA